UUAUUGUGACGGACUAGUUUUACUUCCUGUCCUCUGAGUGCGUUUCCGGUGUCUGUGGUUGCUAAGGUCUCGGAAGGUUGCGAGACCGUGGGGGUCCACAGCCAGGAAAGAUGAGCGGUGCCCUAGGGAAGGUGCUGUGCCUGAGGAAAAAUGCCUUUUCAAAACAGGCCCUUUCACUUGUAAGGUUCCAACUGAGAGUAGAGAAUCCCAGCUGUUCUGCAGGAAACAUUUUCCUGAACAUCAGCCGGCUCUACAGGUCCAAGCCCACCCAUGGCAUUGGCAGGUACAAGCACCUGCUUAUUCCAGCUGAGCCCAAGAAGAAAAUAGGGAAGACUGAGAUGAAGCCAAUUUCCCAAGGGACAGAUUACACUUAUGGAGUGUUAAAUGUUCACCUGACAGCUUAUGACAUGACCCUGGUGGAAAACUACGCCAAGUAUGUUCACAAGCUCUGCAACGACCACUCCAUUAAAGUGGAGGAAAGCUAUGCUUUGCCCACCAGGACCAUGGAAGUAAUGCAGAUGCAGGAGCAAAGCAACAAGAUGUUCCUGGACUCAGUCCUCACCACCCAUGAACGAGUGGUCCAGAUCAGCAAUUUGAGUUCCACAUUUGCAGCAAUUUUCUUGGAAAUUCUUCAAAGUAAUCUGCCAGAAGGAGUCAAUUUGUCAGUAAGGGAGCACACUGAGGAGGCUUACAAAGGAAGGUUCAAAGCUCGGCCAGAACUGGAAGAAUUAUUGGCCAAAGUGAACUAAGAGAUGGGUAACAUGUUUGAAGAACCUGCUGAAUAAAUGGUUCUCUGCUGAGUUACAAGAUGGAAGUAGUAGAUGUGGACUCUUGGAGGCCUUCAGCUUCUGCUCCCCCAGCCAGAAAGCCAGAAGCUUUCUUCAUCGAUUGUGUAUACUGUUUGUAAAUAAAACUUCUUACUUUGGGCCAGUGA